GUGAGAAACUGCCUUUGCAGUAGAAGUUAGCUGGGAAUGGGAAGGCUAGCUGAUAAGGGUUGGUAAGAACUGGUCUUUGAACCAAAUUGAUAGGAAAGUGUUACAAACAACGGACACAGGGAGGACAGGGAGGCCUGAUAAAACAAGGCAGAGAACAUCAUUAAAAAACAUCUUGAGUUGGGUGAGAAAUAAGGCUUCCUAAGAAAACUAGAAGGUGGCUCCACUAUAGGUGGAGCGAUGAUCUCACUCCCGGGAGGGGUGAUAUGGUUGCUCAUCUUUGGGUAUAAGAUGUAAUGUGUUUGUAUUGUCUGCACAUUUUGGCUUUCGGGCGCCAUUUAGUCACAUUGGAACUAAUAAAGGCGGCUUUUCUUCCUUCGAGCCGAACCUGUGGCUGAAGUUUGGUUUUUCAUCUGAGAGAACAGAUUAAAUUAAAACAAAAACUUUGAUUUAACUUUAAUUAAUUACUAACGUUUUUCCACAUCGUAGGGAACUUCGGAGCGAAGGACGGGGAGCUCUUUGGUCCCGACAAUACCAAAAUACAUUAUACUCAAUUUCCUUCAAAUAACCAAUUAGUUGGUCACCCAUCUCAAUUGUAGCUAACUAGUCUGUGAAGAACAUCAGUAGCUAGUUAGUUAGCUGACACCAGCAGCAGGCCAAAUGAGAACAUCUUCUGACACCUGGAAAUCAGCUUAAUGUACCUACAGUGUACAGUUAAUAUCCAUGUUUGACUAUUUUUCCUAUGAAUACUCACACUAGCCAUUAUCAGGUGGAUAUCUUAACCCUAACAAUAUAUGUGAAGCUUUAAGUUGGGUUACUACCUGAUCAGGAUUUCCCUGGAUUGUCCAGGUUUUGCUUGCCUGUCCAGGAAACUUUAACCUCCAUUCCUGGAUAUAAAUGGUCAUCCAAGCAUUUUCAUACAUUAGUAUUUUUUUUAAAGUUUAAACUUCUUCGUUUUAGAGGCUUUUUCACUCAUGUUUAAGAAGAUUGUCCACAAGGGGGAGCUACUAACCUUUCUACUAUUUUCCAUGUGCGUUCAGGCCAGCAGGAUGUCCUAUGGGGUACUGCAUGCUGGUGCUUUGCCUCAGUGACACUUUAUGUCCUUCUUAUCCAGUUAAAACAUUUGUAUUCAAUGGUUUCUAACAUGUUUAGGCUGGACUUCAACAUGAUAACUGAGAUUAGUUUCUGAAUCUGAACUGAACUCAGAGAACUGAACUUGAGAACAGCUAAAGUAAAAAAAAUCAAGCCACUGGCUGAGCGUCCAGGAGUUCCACAGGCUGAGGUGGCAUCAUCUGAAGUUGGCUGGACCAUCACUUUGGAUUAAGACCUUUCAUAAUGCGGUUGUGAAACCAGUUGUGUAAUAAUUAUCCUGUGUUAAAAGUCAGAGGGCUGUUUAAACCGGGAACAAAGCUGCCUACAAGUUUUGCAUUAGAGCAACUAUCUUAUAACCAGGUGUGGCUAAACUAACAUUGGCUCAUCUUUACAAACGCAGCCUAAACAGAUGGAAGGUUCAUAUAAACUGGUUCACUAUGUCUUUUCCCCUGGGCAACAUCCACCGUGACAGCAGAUGUUGGCAUGGUUAUGUUUAUUAUAUACACAAAAUGAGAUUAUCAUCAGUUGUCAGUCUAUGCAGAACAUGUUCCAGUGAGCCCUUUGCAAACGGAGGACCAGAGCAUGGCAUAGAAGCCUCGUUCAGACACAAAGCGGAGUCUUCAUGAUGAGGAAAGGAAAAAGGAAACGUUUCCAUCAAACUUAGCAAUGUGAACCAGCCUGAUGGAAGGCUAGUAUCCUAAUAUCAACUCUCAAAUGACAGAAUAUUUGACUGUAAAUGGUGUGCAGGACCUUAAACUGCUCAUUUUAGCGAUUUUAUUUCAACUUUUGGGGCAGAAGCACAGCUCAGACAUCCUGAAUCAAUUCACUGUCAUUGAACAACAUGCAAAACAUUGUAGCCUAGCUUCUUUUAUGACUUUGCAUAUAAGAUAACCAGUUUAACGGUAUGAGAUUAUAACCCAAAUAUCAUGGAAGGUUCAGCUGAGCUGCAGGAAAAGCGCUGUAGAGUUUUCCCGCUGAUGGAGGAUGAAGUACGGUUAGUAAUGUUGUUUAUAUGUAUUGUUAACUGAGGCUCGUGCUUUUCUGUUGCAGUGUUUAUUCAGCUAAAGAAUUGUGGGAUAUUGAGACACUGCUGCUCUCUUGAGUCUUGCGUCCUUGUCUGAGUUGAUCUCUGCUGGGUCUCUUAAGCUACGGGGUUUCUGGUUCUGUUUUCCAGAACUUUCCUACUUUCCACAACAGCUUUUGCUUACAGAGGGUUAAGUUAAAAAAACAAAAAAAAACAACUGAAUGUAAUUUGACCAGGGGCACCCAAACUUUUGCACACCACCGUACAAGCAUUUUUCAGCAUUGCUAAUGCUUAAGAAGAGUACCAACCUAGUUUGAUUUUCUUUAUGGUCCUUUUACAGUCCUUUUUUUAGAAUUAAAAAACUUUUUGUAAACAAAUAAUGCUGGCAAACAAAAUCUCAGGCAUCAGGCAGCAACUUCUUAACCUUUUAAUGUAGUAACUUUCUAAGGAGCAGCUUUAAGGCUGGCUUGACAUGGUGAAACAAUCGCGCAACUUUGUGUUUUGAAGCAAUACGACGUUGCAUGCAUGAGAGUGCUGCACCAGUCAGCCAAAUUAGCACCUCAAACUUUAGUACACUCAUUUUCCAUCAUCCAAUAAACCACCCUAUUUCAUUCUCUUUAUUUGUUGACUCAGUGGAAUCCAUCAUUUGAAACGAUGUUGUUUGACAUGAUCACACGAUGCAUUAUCAACAUUUUGAUGGGCUGUCUCCUGAAGUUGAGACGCAAUGUUGUGGCUGAGUUUCAAAUGCUGUUUGCCCUUAGUGUUCCUGCUGCUGAUACAGAAAGUGUCCUUGCAGGAUGUUCAAGCCUUUGUAGGAGACACCGUCAUCUUACCGUGUUCAAACAGUCAUGAGGCCCUGCUGGGUAAAGUCAGUGUGUUCUGGAGAUUUGGAGACAACAUCACUAUGUACGACAUCACGGACAGCAGCGUGAAUUUUGAUGAGCAGGCCACAUCCUACAAAAACAGAGUGGACAGUUUUCCAGCUGAGUGGACAAAGGGAAACUUCUCCAUCAAACUCCGCGAUGUGAGGAAGAGUGAUGGAGGAACGUACACCUGCUUCCUUCCUAACGUCAACGCCAAAAACAAAGUACAGCUGACUGUCAAAGAUCGUCCAGUCACACCAACAGACAGUAACUCAAGAAACGGCGACGUCAGAAGAAGACCAGACCGACUUUCACUUCUCUUUGCGUUUCUGCUGGGAUGCUCUCUGCUGUGCGCUUAAGCUCGACAGACGAAUCUGCGCUAACGAAAGUACAAUCCUUCACAUCCGCUCUGUUUCACAGAGAAACAUGGUGUUCAGGGUUAGGGCCACUGUUAAUAAAAAUAAAAAAGUAUUUCAGGGGGGAAAAAGUCAUGAUACUUGGAGAAAAAGUCAAGAUAUUUCAGGAAAAAAGUCAUUUUGAGAACAGAAUGAGGAGCGAAGUGAUUGAUAUUUGUGUUUGUAGACAUACAUCACUAGAUAUUUACUCCUGAUCAGAGCAAGUCCAGUAGUUCGGUAAACAUUAACCCUUUAAGGUCAAACAAAAACUCGGCUACACUGCGUUUAUUUGAUAUGUAAAGAACAUUCGCCAACAAACCCAAACAAUUCAGAGAUUUUGGUUUAGUCUGUCUCACAAAUGACAUCUUUCAGCAACUGACCGCCUGAAUUGGAAUCUGAUUAAUACAUUAGAAAUGCUGUAUUGUUACUGUUAAAUUAUUUAUUACAAGCGCUUGUUGAUCCAAACUGCUCCGAAUGAACAAUCCAACAUUAAAAGAAGCCCCGGGCAUCUUUUAUACCGUGAUAGGAAACACAGCAGCUCACGGAAAGCUCAGAUUCGGUGUGCAGAUAUUUUGGAAACGUAUAUAUUUUGAAUCAUUAGUGAAGAAUAUGUCGGCCCUCAGGUGUUUUAAUCUGGCUCUCUUUUAAAUAAGUUUGGACGGCCUUGAUGCAAAGGAAACAAGGGCUAGUAAACGGGCUGGACACUCUGAGGUGGACUGAGUGAUUACUCUGCCGCCCUGGUUGAGCCGAAGCUGCACUCGUAUCUCUGGGGAAAUGUAAGAGGGUGUAGUGUCCUUGGUAGAUUAGCUCGUCUGGAAGGUUUCAGAGGGUGUGAGAAUGAUAAUGUUGGCAGGCUUUACACAUCAACAUCGCUGCACAACGCAGAGGAAACCGGCACUUCAACACUGUUAGAAUAGAAUAGCAGGACCCCCAUGGACCCUCACAGAGCAGGUACUGUUUGGCUGGUGGAUCACUCUCAGCACUGCAGUAACACUGACGUGGUGGUGGUGUGUUAGUGUGUGUUGUGCUGGUACGAGUGGAUCAGACACAGCAGUGCUGCUGGAGUUUUUAACUCCACUCACUGUCCACUCUAUCAGACUCUCCUACCUUGUCAUCUGUUUCUCUGAUACUUUACUCUUCAAUGGCCAUGAUGCUCACGCAACCACCUGUGUUGCACUGGUACGAGUGGAUCAGACAGUUUUUUAAACACUGUGUCCACUCACUGUCCACGCAGUGCUGCUAGGUGAAGGUGUCUAUUAGAGUGGACAGUGUUUAAAAACUCCAGCAGCACUGCUGUGUCUGAUCCACUCGCACCAGC